AUGGUGGUCUCUAGCGGAGGGCUGCUGUGGACGGCACCGCAGGCUGUCUGCCCGCGGGCCCUCGUGGUGAACCAGAAUUUGGCGAAGCCGCCUCGAGAUAGAGCUUCACGGAAGAGGAAGAGAGCCGCCAUCGCGGCAUGUCGAGCACGGGCAGCAGCUGCAUUUUCACACCAUUCAAGGAAGGCGAAUUCGCCGGAGAGCAACAGAGAGCAACGCCAAAGCGCCGCCUGUACGCCAUGCUUGGACGACAGUGGUUUUGCCAGAGAGGAUGACGCAACGUCUGAAUACUGGGACAAUUUCGGCAUCGUCGAGGAGUCGCUGCCGGGCCUGAGUCUGGAGACAAGCGUCACAACUCAGCCAGAGGAGCCGAUCAUCACCGGAAGACGAGUUGUGUCGCUGGCCCAUUUCGUGAACGCUGUUCGUAGUCUCGACGACCACAGCUGUCCUAAGCUGACUGGACGUUUUGCACUCGUGAAAGAACGGAGAGUGGGGCUCUGGUCGGAGCUCACUUUUACCUGCAGUGAAUGUCAGGAAAUCAGAAAGUUGACGACUGACCCCGUCACAGAACCAACGUCCCUCACUGACAAAGCAAACGUAGGAGUCAAUGAUGCUGCUGUUUGGGCAUUCAUGAGUAUCGGAUCGGGCCACUCGCAGUUCGAGGAAGCAAUGGCAGUCAUGGAAAUUCCUGCUAUGAGCAAAGGGGCUUUUCUACGCCGGGAGGAGUCCCUGGGAAAGUGCUGGAAAACCGUCCUUUUUGACCAAAUGAUAAAGCCGGAAAAGAAGAAAAUAAACUCGCGGAAGAAGCUGGGGCUUUCUGGAAAGCCUGAUAGCAGCUGCAGGGCCUUUUUCCCAACACAUCGUGACAUCAGCAACCAGAUACAAGCUGUGCUUAAGAAAGACCGCUUCAGCACAGUUGAUCAAGAGAAUGCUAGAAUCCUAAUUGAAAAGAUCAGGGGUGAGCAACCCGAAUCCUCCGUUGUCUAUCGGCCGUCUGCAGCACGCAGCUUCGUGGGUAGCAGAGACUCGGACAACGUGGAAGAGGGCGUUGCCAGCGAGUGUGAAGACACGUUGCUGUUUUUCUUCCAAACAAAUUCAUGA